UCAGAUCUGUUUUAGGGUCCAAAUGUGGCUCUUGGUUUGUCUCCUGACCCUCAGCUCAGUGGCCCUGGUGACUGCUGUUGGUGGAGAUGUGUGUGUGGCAGGUCAUGACAGCGGGCCAGUGUUUGAAGAACAGCCGAGCAGUUUAAUUUACCCUGAAGGCCUGACUGAAGGCAAAGUGACCCUGAGCUGUCAGGCCAGAGCAAAUCCAGCUGCUGCUUAUAGGUGGCUUGUGAACGGGACUGCGGUUCCACUGAAUUUGGACCGAUACACCCUGGUGGCUGGUACCCUGGUGAUCAGCAGCCCCGACCCCAUCCGGGAUACAGGCUCUUACCAGUGUCUAGCUAUCAACCGUUGUGGCACCAUCAUUAGCAGAGCAGCCAACCUCAAGUUUGGUUACCUCCAUGACUUCCCUCCAGAUGGCAGAAGUCCUCAAACAAUAAAUGAAGGUCAAGGAAUGUUCUUGGCCUGCCAACCUCCUCCACAUUACCCAGCGCUGUCUUACCGCUGGUUUCUCAACGAGUUUCCCAACUUCAUCAGGAAGGAUGAUGGGCGCUGGUUUGUGUCACAGGUCACUGGGAAUCUGUACCUGGCCAAAGCUGAACCUAAUGACACAGCAAACUACUUCUGCUUCACAACAAUCAACAUGGAAGUUAGCACAAAGAGCACAUUUAGCAAGGCCAACCAGCUCACUGUAGUCCCCGAUGCCAAUCCCAGGAAGUCAGCUCCAACCAUUAAAGUGCGCUUCCUAGCAGAUACCUAUGCCUUGGCUGGACACACUGCCCAGUUAGAGUGCUUUGCUUAUGGAAAUCCAGUUCCAAAAGUGCGGUGGAGGAAGGUGGAUGGUUUAAUGCCAUCCAAGGCAGGCCCCACUGUGGAGGGUCCCACCCUGACCCUUCCUGAACUCUCCUUUGACGAUGAGGGCAUUUAUGAGUGUGAAGCCUACAACUCAGAAGGAAGGGACACGUACCAGGGACGCAUUAAUGUGCAAGCUCAACCAGAGUGGUUGCAGGUGAUGACCGACUCAGAGGUGGAGAUUAGCUCAGAUCUUCAGUGGAGUUGUGUGGCUGCCGGAAAACCUAGACCCUCUGUACGCUGGCUACGCAAUGGACAGCCACUUAGUACACAGGAUCGUGUGGAGGUGAAUGGAGUUCAUCUUAGAAUCAUCAACCUGGCUCUGGAGGAUUCUGGCAUGUACCAAUGUGUGGCUGAAAACAAGCAUGGCACCAUCUAUUCGACUGCUGAGCUCAGGGUCCAAGUUCAGGCUCCAGAUUUCCGGUUGAAUCCAGUAAGGAAGCUUAUUCCAGCAGCUAGAGGGGGACAGGUGAUGAUUGAUUGUCGCCCUCGAGCUGCCCCAAAGCCCAGUCUGUUCUGGAGUCGUGGAACAGAGUUGCUCACCAACAGCAGCAGAAUCACAGUAACUCCAGAUGGCAUCUUGUGGAUUUAUAACAUCAGUAGAGCAGAUGAAGGAAAGUACACCUGCUUUGCUGAAAACUACCUCGGCAAAGCCAACAGCACUGGACACCUGUCUGUGAGAGAUGCCACCAAGAUCACGCUGGCCCCUUCUAAUGCCGACAUAAAUCAGGGUGAGAAUGUGACGCUCCAGUGCCAUGCCUCCCAUGAUGCAGCUAUGGAUCUUACCUUCACAUGGUCUCUCAAUGGUGUCCUUUUGGACCUGGAGAACUCUGCUGGGCCUUACCAUCGGGUGGAGGGGAAGGAAAACACUGGUGACCUGCUGAUUGUGAGGGCUCAGCUGAGCCAGGCGGGGAUAUACGUGUGCACAGCUCAGACUGUGGUGGACAGCGCCUCAGCCUCAGCUAGGCUGGUGGUUCGAGGACCCCCGGGACCUCCUGGAGGUUUGUUGGUGAAGAAUGUGGCUGAGACAUCAGUGGAACUCAGGUGGAGCCGUGGUUACGAUAACCACAGUCCUAUCGGCAAAUAUGUCAUCAUGGGCCGCUCUCCUCUGUCGUCUGAGUGGAGGAAGAUGAGGACAGAUCCACUGAACAUUGAAGGAAAUGCAGAGUCAGCUCGUGUGAUAGGACUGAUUCCCUGGACGGAUUAUGAAUUCCGGGUUAUCGCCAGCAACAUCUUGGGCAGUGGAGAGCCUAGCAUGCCUUCCCACAUCAUUCGGACACUGCAAGCAGCUCCCACUGUGGCCCCGAGUGGACUUGCAGGUGGAGGAGGAGACCGUGAUGAGCUCAUUGUUACAUGGACGCCCAUGGCCAGAGAAUACCAGAACGGUGACGGCUUUGGGUACAUCUUGGCGUUCAGAAAGAAGGACACAUCAUCAUGGACAGAGGUGCGAGUUCCCCGUGUAGAGUCCUCUCGAUAUGUUUACUACAACAGCAGUCUGGUGGCGUACACUCCUUUUGAAGUGAAGAUCAAAGCUUAUAACCGCAAAGGAGAAGGCCCAUUUAGCCAGGUUGCUGUGGUUCACUCUGCAGAAGAAGAGCCAACUGUGGGACCUUCGAGCAUCAAUGCCACGGCACUGUCCGCCUUUGAGAUCCAGGUUUCCUGGGAGCCUGUGCAGCAGCUCAGCGCCAAUGGCAUCCUGAGAGGAUACGAGAUCCGGUACUGGCGGCAGCACGAAAGAGAAGCAGCAGCGGACCGAGUGAGGACAGCAGGGCUGGAGCCGACAGCCAGGGUGUCCGGACUUCGACCCAGCACUCGAUACCACGUCGCUGUUCUGGCGUACAACAGUGCCGGCACAGGACCGCCCUCGCCACGCACCACCGUCACCACCAGGAAACCACCUCCCAAUCGUCCUCCAGGCAGCGUGUCAUGGAAGGCUCACGGCUCGCGGGUCACGGUGAGAUGGGACCAAGUGACAGCCAUGCACAAUGAGUCAGCCAUAUUGGGCUACAAAGUUCUGUACAAGCACGAGGACCAGGCAGCUUUGAAGUUUCUGGACAAGACAAAGACAUCAGUGAGCCUGCCGCUGCCAAAAGACAACGGUUACAUUGUGCUGGAGAUUUGGUCAUGGGGCGAGGGCGGGGACGGGCCAGCACACGAGAUUAUCGUGUCCCGGGAUUCAGGGACUGGUAUGAUGGUGCAGAAGGAUGCCUCCUCCACUCUGCCCUGUCCCCAUGCCCACCUCCUCUCAGGCUUGGCUCUGCUCAUUUUUGUGGUGAUGUCAGGCCUGUGAUCUCAGCAAGUCGGAACUUUUUCUUAUCGGUGGCUUGAAACUAAUGCUCCCUUUUAUGGAUAGGUGGGUGUGGGUCCAGGGAUGGGAAACACGGGGAUUCACUUUUAAUAAUGACAAGGAUCUUUUUAAAAAUGUCUGAAGGAGGUAUUAUGUUUGUGUACUGGUCUCAGUAUAAACCAUGCCUUAUUGGGACAUCUGUGGCUGACAUGCCACAUUAAUGUGUCCUUGAAACUGUAGCUGGCAGGACUUCAGGUGUAAAUGUAGAGUCAACGUGUUGGAGGUCUGCGUGUUCACACCGAGGGCAGGUUGCUUACAGAGUCUUUUGAGUUACAGGUGAUGUAAGAGCUGUAACUGCAUUCAUAGCAUGCAUUUUUCACUUUGCAUUUACAAACUGAAUUUGUGAUCAAAUACCAGAGAGGCUGACGGCUAAAGUCAAACGUUCUGCUGAAACUGCCACGUGGUUAAUUAGAGACUCUUUCAUCUGUGUCUUAUGUUUGAAAUCACAAAGCUGUUCUAACCAAAGUCUGAUGUGCUUCUCUUGUUGCUCACAGUGUGAACACAGAAUAAAAGGCCUUCACUGAGGCUCUGAAGAACUGCUAACUGUUGGUUCCAGCUUUUGCUACUGUCUCUGUGCUUGUUUCACAUGUCUAGAUGAUUAUUAUACUGUUUGAUGUCUUGUUUAAUUUCAGGGAAUUGAAAUUUGAUUGUAUUUAAUUUGAUUGUAUUUAAUUGUAUUUAAUUCUUUGUUUGUUUGUUUGUUUUUGUGCCUGCUUAUUUGAAUCAUUUUGUGAAAAUACUUGUGUUUAGUGUUUCUUGGGUUUACUAUCAGUGUCUCUUGUGCUGAUAGGCUGAGAUGAAAAGGCCAGAGCAGCAGGGAUAGAUGACUGAGAGAGAUGAAAGUCCGAUCACCAAAGUUAUCAACACUGUUGUAAACUGUCCUCAUUGUAACCCCGUUAUCAGCUCUUAUGUAACAAUUCUGCUUCACCACAUUUUACAGGAAACAUGUGGCCGCUGUCAUUCUUGCAGUACAUUUUUAUCUACAGCUCGAGAGUUAAGAUCAAACAUAUACAUCAAGUGCUAAAAAACUGCGUCUUUGUCAAUGUUUUUUUAUUAUUUUGUUGUUGAUAUACUCAGAACUUUUGAUUUGGUUUGAACGGCAGGUGAUGCUUUUGUCUAAGAUUUUGGAAUGACAGGAAUGCAUGGUUUUGGUUUUCUUAAACUACCCACAAAACACUGCAAUGCUUCAAACUCAGUUUUUACUGGACGAGGUUCUUUUGUUAUUUUACAUCUGUAACAAAC